ACUUCUGAGGGCACUUUAUACGGUUCUUGAUUAGGCCUAUCCUUCACUCGACGAGCGAAAUCGGCUAUAUUACGCGCGCGAUUGUUGACAGGUUGGAACUUGGACGGAGUUUAACCACAGAGGGCGCUCUUAGUAAGAUGGCGACUCCCAUUGACGUGGAAGAUGAAACUAUUCUGGCAUCAGUUUUCAAAGAUGCUUUUCCAGAUUCUUGGAGAGAGAACCCAGAUUUUGCUCUUUACCUAGCAGAACUCAGUUCAUAUGGAGUGGAUAAACUCAAUCGGGAACCGGAGCGUCUGGCGGAGGAGAGAGCUCAGAUCCUACAGCAGACUCAGGAGCUGGCCUUCCACAACUACAAGACGUUCAUCGAGACGGCUGACUGUUGCAAGGAAAUUGUGGAGGAUUUCAACCUGGUGGAAACCCACGUCAACAGCCUCCUGGAGAAACUGCCGCCCUUCUCUGAGGAAUGCAACAAGUUCAUGAAAGAGGCCCAGGAGAUCAGCAUCAGUCGGCGGAUGAACAACCUGACGUUAUCUAAGCACACUCAGCUCCUGGAGAUCCUUGAAAUCCCUCAGCUGAUGGACACCUGCGUGCGUAACAGCUACUAUGAGGAAGCACUGGAGCUAUCCGGCUACGUCAAACGACUCGAAAAGAAACACACAACCAUUCCUGUUAUACAGGACAUCGUGAAGGAGGUGAAGGGGUCCACCCAGCUCAUGCUGAACCAGAUGUUGCAGCAGCUGCGUACUAACAUCCAGCUGCCGGCCUGCCUGCGGCUGAUCGGCUACCUGCGCCGUAUGGACCUCUUCACCGAGAGCGAGCUUCGCAUCAAAUUCCUGCAGGCGAGGGACGCCUGGUUCCAGAGCAUCCUGUCGGCCAUCGCCAAAGAAGACGCUUACUUCCACAUCACCAAGGUGAUCGAAGCCAGCCGAGUGCAUCUCUUCGACAUCAUCACCCAGUAUCGGGCCAUCUUCUCGGACGACGACCCCAUCCUCUCCUCCAGCCAGGAUUCGGCCACCAAUGAGGGCGCCCUGUUUCACGGAUGGGUCGGUCAGAAGGUGUCCCAGUUCCUGCGCACCCUGGAGGCAGAUCUGACCAGGGGUGUGGGUGGGCGUCUGGACUCCCUCCUGGGUCAGUGCAUGUACUUUGGUCUGUCCUUCAGCCGGGUGGGGGCCGAUUUCCGUGGCCUGCUGGCGCCACUGUUCCAGCAGGCUGCACUGAGGGGCUUCACUCUCGCGCUGGAUGAAGCCACCAAAAGGUUUGAAGAGGCCAUGCAUUCCUACACACUGAUUGCAACGCCGUCACUAUCGACUGGUACCCUGUCUGCAGGAACAAUGCAGGGUGACAAGAGCUUGGCCCCACCCACUGUGUUGAUGGACCACCCCCCUCUAGCCAUAUACACCAAUGCAGUGCUGAGUGCCUUUAAUGACUUGAGGUUAUGUGCACCUGUGGCCAUUGCUCAAGACGUAGCGACGGCUCUGCACAGCUCACUGGAAGCAUUGGCUCAAGCAACGUUAGCGUAUCACAGGGCCGAGGAGAGUACAUUCAAUGAGAAGGAGAGAGCUUUCUUUGUUCAGUUUUGCCAGAUUGCUGCCUUCGACCUGAUUCCAUACAUGAACCGCUGUUUGCAGGCAUUGUUUCCAGCGGCAACCAUCGCCACGACACUGGGAGUCACUGUCUCUGAUGUGCAGAAAAUGGGUUACAUCGGUGUUCUUGACGUGAGCAGUGUGUCCGAAGCACUGAAACCUUUACUGCCUGCUGCUCCGGAACCGUUAACCGAGGAACCGCAGGACACACUCGAUUCACAAGCAGGAGAUCUCCAGGAGAGUCAGCGCCCCGUGCAGUCGGCGACUAUCGAGACCAUCACAGAAUCGCCAGAGGAAGAGGCAGGGGAAGAAGGGGGGCUGGUGUUGGAGAUGACGCCGGGAGAGAGCGAUACUACGGAGGGGAGUCUCGCCGUAGAAACAAACACUGAUGUCAGUACGGCAGUCGAGCGCAGCAGCGACAGCGCUGUGACAUUUAAUUUGGGCGACGAGUCUUAAGCUUUGCCUAAAAAUGCUUUCCACAUGUGGACAACAAACGGUAGAAACCACCACCAACUGCAGUGCUAAUUAACUGGAAGAGCUGGGCUGGGGUAUCACAGUACAGUGAUGCUGUCUUUGGACUUGGGCCUGAGCUAAAGAGGGCGCUCUGCAACCUCAGGAAAAACUGAAGAGCCAUUGACCACUUCUUGGCUUGGCCAUAGACUAGCUUAGUACUGUUUGAGCCAUAAGAAAGUGCUCCAAACCUUGGCUUUCCAUUAAGCAGUCCAUUGCCAUCGGAGGAUGCUAAUGUGAUCUCAUUGGAUAGAGUUUACCACAACAGUAUUGCAAUUGAGCGUGCAUGCUUUAAUCAUAGAAGUUGGCUACCCACAAUGCCUUGCGUUUUCUUUACGAAAUCUUGCAAAAUAGAUUAGCUCUAAGGUGUAAGUGGAAUGGUACUCACUUGUCACAGGUUCCUAUGCACAUGCACUCAACUGCCCAGCAAUAAAAGAUCUUUGUGGCAUCAGUAAGGGCCUUGUAAUAUUGAAAUAUUGAACUCAUAAUAUUGAAAUAUUGCAUUGAAAUGUGAUCCGAGGGUUUGCAUGGUGGAUGUAACAAUUUGACGGGGAUUUGCAGUACAUCCUACUUACUCCUGAAGGAGACAUUACUUGAUGUUACUGCAGAUCUUCUGACACUAAGGCCGCAUGAAAAAAAAAUAGUUUAGCAUCAGCGCCUGCCUCCAAAAAUCUUAACGUGUGGGGUUUUUUUUUCUUUAAAAGUUGACUUUUCCGAUGUCCUUAGCUGUCCCCCGUAGUUUCUACAAUGCCCGCACAACUUUGUGCACGCACAACAGGCAACCCGUGAGUUCAUAAAGGGUGCAUUCCACCAAAAGGUUGUA